AAGGUAAAACAUAGGACCACUUCAGUAGGAGCCAAAGCAUGUGAGCUUCUUUUCUGUUUGGAAAAUUCUUCAACUUCAGAAUCUUUGGAGAAGCAGAACAUGCUUCCUAUUUCAGAAGCUGAUAAUGCCUUCCCAGACAUCCUUGCAGCUGGGUGACAGGCACGUGACCAAUCAGGCUGACACCCAGACUUGAGUUAGGAGCUAGUAUCACAAAGGAAUAGGCAUGAGAUGGACGCUCUGCAGCAGGAGAGGUUGUGGCAACACGGACUUUCUGGCUCAGCAGCUAAAACAAUGCAAAUUGCAGUGACCUAGUCUUGCAGGAGCAGCAGUUUUGCUCACCAGACUGGUUCUGCAGCCUGGUUUUGGUCACUGUUGCUGGUUGCAUAGCUCCAUGUUUGGUCUUCCAGACUAGAAAAGUCUGUGCAGUAGCCAAUUGUUUGGUUUUUUUUUUUUUUGAGACAGCUAUGUUGCGUCUUGGUAUGUUGCCUAGGUUGGUAAUCAACUCCUGGAUCCUACCACAUCUGCCUCCUGAAUAUCUGAGACUAAAGACACAUGCCACAGCACUUGGUUCUAGCCAAUGUGUUUUAAAUAAAUUCCCUUUUUACCUAAGUUAGCAAGAACAUUUUGUGUGGCUUACAACUGAAAACUCAAACUGAUACCAAUGCAAAAUCAACAUCAUGGCUUCUCUAUGUAAACUUCCACCUCACUUCCUGAUACUGACUGCCUCAUUUUCUCCAAUUUCCUGAUACUUUUUGCAGGUGGUAAAUUAUAUAAAUGACAAGUCUAUGAAUGAAUUGUAUCUGGCUCUAGUGACUACUCCUUGUCCAGUCACCAGCAGUAAGCAGAUCAAGGCAGGCUCAUGUGGUUACAUGGUCCCCCUUCUGGAAAGCAGUAGGUGGGGUGGGGCAUUCUUACCAUUCAAAGGGUCAAUGGCCCAACAGACAUGGGGGCUGGAUUUCUGAAACUGGCAUCUAAUUUCCAGAGGAAGAAAUUCUGAGCUAGAACUUGCCAGGAUAAGUAAGUGUUAGGCAAAAGGGGUAAGGAGUGAGAAUUUCAGGCACAGGAAAGAGAAUGAUCAAGAGAGGAUAGAGUAGCAAAAGAUGGGGCUGCACAGGUAGGCAAAGUCUUAUCUUGCAGGAGCCUGAAGGUCAUAUUAGGGACUUUAGAUUUCUUUCUGAGAGCUGCAAAGAGUCAAGCAUUGGUAGGAUCAAACAGUAGAAUGAGAUUAGCAAAUCUGCAGUUCAGUAAGCCACUCUGUUGGAAAAUAGAAAUCAGGAAGUUAAGAGAACAAUGAGGAGGCUAUUGCCCGAAAGUAGGAGAGAAGAUGGUGGCCUGGACUAGGGGGCCAUGCAGAGUAGAACUGAGAAACCAGAGAUAAAACCAGAAGGACUCGGUUGGAUAUGGAGAUGAAGGAGGAGAAGAGGUAGGGGUGGCUGAUGACUACCAAGGAUUUUGUACUGAUGUAAUCGUUAGGGGAGUGAGUAGAUGAUGGUACCAUUCACCGGGUGGACAACAUAGGAGGAGAAACCAUUUGGAUGAGCUCAGGUUUGAACAUAUUGUGUUUUUGCUUGGUUGAUUUUGGUUUUUAGAGAAGGGUUUUGCUCAAACCUGCCAAGUAGGCCAGACUGGCCUCAAACUCAUGAUCCUUCUACGUCAUCCUCCCAGGUGCCAUGACUUCAAUAGUGCGAUACCAUGUCUGGAAAAACAUAUUGUUUGUGCUUGUGGACAUCAGAGGAGAGAAGUUCAAAAGGCAGUUGGACAUGUGUUUGGGUCUCAGGAGAGGGAUCUGCACUAAAGACUUGAGAGUCACUGGGUUAGAGGUCGUAGUUGAAGGCAAGGGAAAGGACAAAUAGGAUCCUAGGUACUUACUGAGCAUAAAAAUGAAGAAGACCUAAGAACAAAUUUGGGGCUGGGGGAGGCUCCCAGCUGCUCAGGAAGGGCAGAGGAAAAGGAAUCCCCAAAGGAGAUCAAGAAGUCCCAUGCAGAUAGGUUAAGGGGAAAAGCAAGAAAAUUACUGCCACUUAUCAUGAAUCUCAAGGGAGAGUCCUAAGGAGGGAGUGGCCAUGGGUAUUCAGGCUACAAAAAUCAAGUACAGUCAAAUGGAGAAGUGUUGCAUGGAGGGCGCUCUCAACCUUGGCAACAACCAGUCAUGUAGUAGAGAGGAGAAAUCAGCCAAGGCUGAGGAGAGAAGGCAGAAGGCGAUGAGGAAGGGAGAAUUAAAAUUAGGCAUCUCUGAGAAUGUGGCUGUGGCAGGGGAGAGGGUGGCAUGUGGAAAAGGAUCUUUUCUGUUUUUUUUUUUUUUUUUUUGGUACUGGGGUUUGGACUCAAGGCCUUGCACUUGCUAUGCAGGUGCUCUACCUCUCAAGCCAUGCCUCCAGCCCCAGAGAAGUUUUUAUAAAAGCUGGGAGAAGUUCGUGGUCGAAGGAUUCCACCCCAGAUCUUCCCAGUGUGGAAGGAAAGGCAACAGAGUAGAGCCAAAAGGAGAGCUUAGGGGAAAGUUGUGGAGGAAGGUGAUAAGGGCUUGUGUCAGGGAGGAAGACUAUUCCCUGGGUCACAGGAGUUCUUAUCAGGCUGCAUUUCCUCCCCAUCCUCAUCCCCUUCCUGCCCCUGGCCUGGUCCUCCUUGGAGUUGGAAGAUAGAAAGACCAAGCCAUACUCUGGAAGAAGCUCUGAGCCUACAGAGGUCUUUCUGGCUGCCAGUAAGCUGGGGUUCAGGUUGGGGUGGAGGAGGGUCUAAGUGAGGGAUAGGAGCCAAGGACCUGGAGAUAGUAGUUUAGGCUUUGGGGCAAGGGUGGGAGAGGGGAAGGUGUGGAAACUGAGUUUCUGGGAGAGGGAUCAUCCUAGGAGCUAGAGGGGCAGGGGCUGGAUACUGGCAGAAUGAUGCCAGGGGCUGAUGCAAUGUCCACUGAAGCUCUCUUGUUCACAGGUCCCCAUGCCUCUCCUCCUCUUGCUGCUUCUACUGCCAAGUCCAUCACACCUCCAUCUCAUCUGUGAUGUCUCCAAAGUGACCAGCAAGCUGGAAGUGAACUGUGAUAACAAACAGCUAACAGCAUUGCCUGUAGACCUGCCAACAGACACAGGCAUCCUCCACCUGGGCAAGAACCACCUGGUUACCUUCUCCCUGGCAUCCCUGGUUCAUCUCACUCGCCUCACUCAAUUGUACCUGGAUCAAUGCGAGCUGACGAGCCUGCAGACUGAUGAGACACUGCCAUUGGUAGAGACCCUGGACAUAUCUCACAAUAAGUUGAAAAGCCUACCCUCUCUAGGGCGGGUACUGCCUGCACUCACUACCCUGGACGUCUCCUUCAACCAGCUGGUUUCCUUGUCUCCUGGUGCCCUGGAUGGCCUAAGUCAACUCCAUGAGCUCUACCUUCAAAACAAUAAGCUGAAGACUCUUCCCCCUGAGCUCCUGGCACCCACAACCAGGCUGAGGAAGCUCAAUCUGUCCAACAACAGGCUGGGUGAGCUGCCCUCUGGGCUCCUGGAAGGGCUAGGGGAGCUUGACACCCUCUACCUCCAAGGGAACUGGCUACGCACAAUACCAAAGGGAUUUUUUGGGGACCUCCUACUGCCUUUUGUUUUUCUCCAUGGAAACUCCUGGUAUUGUGACUGUACGAUACUCUAUUUCCGUCGCUGGCUGGAGGAUAAUACCAACAAUGUCUACUUAUGGAAGGAGGGUGCGGAUGUUAAGGGCAUGACCCCCAAUGUAGCGAGUGUGCGAUGCGUCAAUUUGGGGAACAUACCCAUCUACACCUAUCCAGGGAAGGGCUGUCCCUCCCCAGGAGAUGCAGAUGACCCAGAAGCCUAUGAUGAAUAUGAUGAUGUCACUGAAGGUGACAUGGUACAUGUUACAAAGACUGUGGUCAAGUUCUCUACCAACACCAAAGCCCAAACAACCCACUGGGGCUUACUCUACUCAGAGUCUACUGCUUCUCUAGACAGACAAAUACCCUCUUUGUCUCCAACCCAAGAAUCCACUGAGAAACAAACUCCAUUCCCAUCCAGACCUAUCUCAGAUUUCUCCACAUUCCCAUUGACCAUGAAAUCCACAUUUUCCAGAAGUCCAAAGCUCACUACUGAACCCACCCCAACCCCAACCACCCCGGAGCCCACCACAACCCCGACCACCUCCACAACCCCGACCACCCCCACAACCCCGACCACCCCCACAACCCUGACCACCCCGGAGCCCACCACAACCCCGACCACCCCCACAACCCCGACCACCCCCACAACCCCGGCCACCCCCACAACCCCGACCACCCCCACAACCCCGGCCACCCCCACAACCCCGACCACCCCCACAACCCCAACCACCCCCACAACCCCGACCACCGAGCCCACCACAACCCCGACCACCCCCACAACCCCGACCACCCUGGAGCCCACCACAACCCCAACCACCCCCACAACCCCGACCACCCCGGAGCCCACCACAACCCCGACCACCCCGGAGCCCACCACAACUCUAAUGACUCCUGAGUCUGCCACAACUCUCACAAUCUCGGAGCCUACCUCAGCCUCAGCUACCCCAGAGCCCACCACAACCUUGACCCUUCCAGAACUGUUCUUUACCUCAGACCACACUUCACUUCCUACUACUUUAGAAUCCAUCAUAUCAAUCAUAACUGAACCUAUCAACUUCCUAAAGGUCUAUGGGGUGGCUCAAGAGAAUUUUGAUAGCUUCAGAAAUGACCUUUUUCUCAACUCUGACUUCUGCUGCCUCCUCCCCCUGGGCUUCUAUGUUUUGGGUCUCCUCUGGCUCCUGUUGGCCUCUGUGGUUCUCAUCCUGCUGCUGACCUGGGUCUGGCAUUUGGAGCCCCAUGCCCUGGGCUCUGGCCAGUCUGUUGCCUUGGCCAUAUCCACACAAACCACACAUCUAGAGGUCCAGAGGGGAAGGCAGGUGACUGUGCCCAGGGCCUGGCUACUCUUCCUUCAAGGGUCUCUCCCCACUUUCCGUUCUAGCCUUUUCCUGUGGGUGCGACCUAAUGGCAGAGUGGGGCCUCUAGUAGCAGGACGGCGGCCCUCUGCCCUGAGUCAGGGUCGUGGUCAGGACCUGCUGGGCACAGUGGGCAUUAGGUACUCUGGCCACAGUCUCUGAAGGCAAGUGGUUUUGGGGAUCUUGAGAGGGGCUCUGACAGGCUCCCCUAUAGGGAUCUAGCUGAGGGGGUGGGUGGGUAAGGCACACAAGAAGUCUUAUUUUUUUUUCCUUUGUCUGAAGCUCCCUUUCAUAUCCAGGCAUACAAUCCCAGACCCCAGAAAUCAGUAGGGGUAGUGGGAUGAUGGAGUUGGGAGGGUCAGAGAACCAAGCUCCCUAUACUACAUGGAGGAUUGCCAGGCUACACGGUUACUGCCAUCACUUUAGGGAAGAAUUUAAGAAAAGCAAAUAAAUGGAAUAGUACAUGGCUCUCACAUGCAUCUGUACGUCGAAGAAAAUUUGGAAAUUGAUUUAUCAAGAAGUGAGCAUUAAUUUUCUCGGGGUGUCAUAAAUGUGAAUUUUUUCUCUGCUUAGCAUUUCCAACUUUUCCAUCAUUGUAUACUAUUUGUAUAAUAAAAAUAAGUUUUAAAAGAAGAUGUAUCUUCUUUUGGAGAAAAGUGGCUCAGGUUCCUGCUACAAGAAUUCCCAAGGUCACCAGGUGCCAGUGGCUCACGCCUGUAGUCCUUGCUACUUGGGAGGAUCACGGUUUGAGGGCAACCCAGACAAAUAGAUUGAGACAC